CUUCUUUCUUGACGGUUGUUUAUAAGUGGCCUCCUAAUCAUUGCAAGAAGCUAACAGCCCUUCAGAGAAGAGCUCGUCGAAGCAAUGGCGUCUAACGGAGAGAGGUAAUCAACGGGUCGCCAUCCUCCUCCACAUGCAUGUCUGCAGGUAUCUUGCUCGAGAUGUGGACAAGUGCGCCUUCCUUCCACCGGAGAUCUAUCAGGGUAAAGCAAUCGAUCAUGAAGCACUUCUGUUCGAUGAGUUCCUGGAGGAAGAAAGGGAGAGGAAGUUGAAGAAAUUAUUUUGGGACUAGCCGCGGUAGCCGACGGGAGUCCAAGCCUCCAGGCGUUCAAGGAUGCUGAAAUAGGGUCCUUAGUGGUCCGAAGAUGGGGAUCUGCAGCUGUUCCUGAC